CGAUUAUUCUGCUUUUGUUAUGUACGGCCUAAGUAAAAAAAAAGUAUUCGAGUUGUUGUUAAAUUGUUAUGAACCAUGAGCUCAUUCUACUCAUUCUUGAGUUCACGAGUUCAGCAGUAUGCUCUCUGGCUCCUCAUGUUUAUGACAAAUGCAAGAAAUGGACCAGUUAAUUAGUGACACCAGCCCAUUACAGUUUUACAGCAGUUGGUGACUCUGAUGAAGGCAUCAUGGAUGUUCUGGAGCUAAAUGGUCAGCAAGAACAAGCUUUUGGAAAGCAUGAAAGUAGCACUGCCAAAAGGAAGACAUUGACCAAGCCCAAUGGCCCACAGUUUACAAUUCCUAGGCUAAAGAAAAUUAAGCGAGAUCUCCUGACUGAUUUAACCCUUGAUUCCCAUGAAUGUCAGCAGGAAAUUUUAUCUCAAAUUAGAAAAAGUUUCCAUUUUCCUUUUUCUAAUACUUCUCACAAGUUCACCAGAGUGCAGUCAGUCUACAAUCCUGAUUUGGUUUCCAAGUAUUUAGAAAGACGAAAAGAACUGAAAAGUAGUGGCUACUCCGAUGCAUUGUUGGCAGACAGUUUUGCUUUUAUACCAGUGGACAACCCUUCUACUGUUGAGAAGAUGUGUCGUACUGGUGUCAAGUGUGGUAACCAACAGUUCUCAGGUCUAGGAGUAUCACAUUUAGCUGUGCAUGUCUGUAAACACGCUGAUAUUGUGACACCCAUGAGACCUAAAUAUGGGGAGAAAAUUCUUCUUCUUGUCAAAAUUUACAAGGGUAAAGUCAAAUCAGUGAUGUGCAAAAAUGUGGGGGCCCAACUAGAGCCAACACCUAACUAUGACUGUCAUAUUGCCAAGCCCACUGUUGACCAGCCUGCUAGCCUCCCCCCACACAUGCUCCUGUACUCCACACAGCUGUACUUGUAUGAGUACGGAGAGUUUGAAAUUGAAGAGUUCCCUAGACAGAUUCUACCCUAUGCUGUUGUGUACUAUACAUUCACAGAACCACAGAUUGUCCUUCCUAAAGCUGUAGUCAGUAUACCAGUGCAGGCUCAAACAGUGUCGUCAACCACAGCAAUAACAGCCCCAACCCAGCCUGCAACUCCCAGUCAAGAUCUAGGACCAAGCAACGAGGUGUGGCGGGGUAGGCUGCAUGUGCGUCUGGCCUCGGGUGGACAGAUUUACAUUGAUGUGUCCAUGCUCUCAUACUUUGUGCCACUCACGGUCAGCUUGAUCUCCCCUAUCAUGAUCAACUGCUUGUACCCUGAGCACAACGCCCAGUUCACAUUUUUCUCUGGCCUCUCCAACAUUGCCAACAAGAUGGAGGUUGAAUGGAGGGCCCACUACUUUAAAUCUUUCACCAUGCGACCCAGGACCAACAAUGAGGAGCAUUUUAAAGCCUUGAUAAAACACAUCAGUGCAAAGAGAGAGAUGCCAACUGUCAAGCUGUCCAAUGAUGUUUUCUUGUUUCUUAUGCCAAACUGCCUGCUAGCCUCUCAAUUGGGUUUAGUUAGAAGAGAAGAUAACUCUCCAGUUUUACAUUGUGUGCUCAUGUCUAACUACUCAACAACACAAGCUCAGAAAAAGAAGCUAGUAGAAAAAAAAUGUCUUUUCAAAAACUACGGCGGCGCAACCAACUGGGAGAGCCUGUUUGACGAUUCUGACUUUUCAGAUGAAGAGGAUCAAGUGGUGAGCCUGGCAAAAAACAUCGGCUCAAUAUUCCGUGAUCAGAGAACUAUCCAGAACAAGUUUUCUGCCAUGUCGUUGGCGGAGGCUGACAUGAACUUCUCCCAUUGUUCCUGUAGGAAGCUAUCCACAUCCAAAUCCCAUCAACAGCGUCGCCGUGACGACGAUGUCAACAGAAUAUGGAAUGCUGUGCACACGGCUACCAUGACCAGCAAAAAAGCCAGUGUGUCACAUUUUCCCCCCAGCUCAGAUCACAAGCCAAAACAGAAAGUGUCCAAACACAUCCGGGCCAUGCCUUCGUUCAGCCCCCAUGGCUCUUCGGAUUCUGACUCGGAUCACGGCAAAGGCAAAUCUGGCAGGUUUUCCAUUUUGGACAGCACGAAAACUGUUGAGGAAGAACUGAGCGAGGAAGAGUUAACGAAAGAGCAGAUGGAUGACAUCAUCUUCUUAAGGAAACCUGCCCUCACUUCAGUCGCCUCGUUGAAGUCUUCAGCUCCGUCUCACAGACACAAACCAGGCAGAUCAUCAGCGCCGUUACUGAAGAGCUCUCAUUCUCUCCCUGAGCUCAGGAAAUCUCACCAGGAACCUCUGCUGAAUUCCAAACCUAAAAUAAUUCCUACAGAGCCAUUGGAACCUCCCUUAAAAUCUAUUCUGAAAUCAAAAACUAAACCCAAAAUAAUUCCCAUGGAACCUAAGAUAAUUCCUGUUGAACCUAAAAUUAUUCCAGUGGAACCUACAGAGGAACCCAAAACAGUCCCUGUUGAACCUAAAUCACGUCACAAGGAAUCGAAGCAAAUUUCAGUGGAGCCUAAAAUAAUUCAUAAAGAACCUAAAAUUCCAGUGGAACCUAAAAUACUUCCCAAGGAACCUAAAAUUAUUUCCAAGGAACCUAAAAUUCUUCACAAGGAACCUAAAAUACUUCACAAGGAACCUAAAAUUCUUUCCAAGGAACCUAAAAUACUUCCCAAGGAACCUAAAAUACUUUCCAAGGAACCUUUCACUUCAUUAAAACCAAACUCUAGUCCUGAGGAGCCUGAUGUCAUUCCCCUCCCCCCUCAAGUACAACCUAAAAUAAUACCUACAGAACCUGUCCCUGCUACAGUCAAACCCCUUCAUUCUAUCCUUAAAAAAAGCAAACCCUUACCAGUGGUCCCAGUUAUAUGUGAACCUGCAGGGGUCCCAAAGACAUGUGAAUCUGCAGGGGUCGCAGUGACAUGUGAACCUGCAGGGAUCCACCCAGUGAUGCCUGAACCUGUUCCGCCUCCACCACUCACCGAAGACUUUGGUGACGUGGAUAUGAGAAUCUCCAGCAAUCUCCCAGUCACCCUGCAUCCGGUGUUUCUAUCAGCUAAACACCCAUCAACGCUGCAGCCCUUGUCUCCUGAGCCACCGAAACAGCUCUCUCCGAAUUUCUCCUACGGCUCCUGGCUCGCUCCCCCUGACGCACAGACUUGUGUUUCUUCAGUGUUACAGACACCAUCGCCUUCUACCCCCAUGUCACCUCCAAGUGAAUCCCCUCCCUCCCCACCAAUAGAUUCCCCUUCAUCCCCACCAUCCACACCUGGACUGGACCUAGAAUCCCCAGCCUCCCCUCCGCAGACAGUGUACGACCAGUUCAGGUCAUCCCCCAUAGCCAUUCCAACAUCACGUAUUCACCACAAUGAAUCGCCAGAGGUCAGGUUCAUGUACACAGCCCAUCUAAGUCGGAACAUUUCUAGAGAAGGUAUUGAUAACGCUGAUGAGAUGAAAGAUUUCCUCAACUCUGGUUUUGAUUCUGACUUGGAUAGUUCUUACGAGGAUGAAAGAUAGCGGACAAUUCAACAAAAUGUGUGGGGGAAAAAAUGUCAGUGACCAAUGUAAAGUGAGAUGUGAUUCUGUUGGGAGUGAAUGAAUGUGCUGAGGUUGGGGUAGUUUUAUAUUCUUUCAGGCUGAAAGAUUCUAAUCAUAGGUUCCUUGCUCUGGCCUAUCCAUGACUAAAAAAGAUUGUAUGAUUCCUAUAAAAAUUUUAGCAGGGCAAUAGGUAUCACAGUAUAUUAAAGUUUUGCUACUGUCAGGUUAUGUUUGCGACAAGGUUUUGGAUGAGGGUAGAGACACUAGCUAACCUUGCUUUGAUACAACCUGCAAUAGUUUCUAUCAAAGCAAUGUUGUUUCAUGUUGUUAUGAAUUGGGCAUUUAUUCACUUAUAGGAGUCAGAUACAUGCAGUGGUUAUUACUUUAAGGAUACGGUACCUACAGUUAACCCUGUACAAAUAUGGAGGUCUGACACUUGAAAUAAAUGAGGGUUGUGAUGCUCUGGCCAGCUGAGAACUUAACACCCCUUUAGAGCUACAAAGUUCUAAUUGCCUUAAUAAUGCAUUGUUUGAAACCUUGUAGUUCUUGGGGGAUGAACAGGCUUGAUUAACUCAAAAUGAAAAAAAAUGCCUCUAAUCUCUACCUCAUUUUUUUGUCAUAAAGCAAAUAUAUUUGAUUUUACAUGAUAGGUGUGGGCUCCUAUAUUAUAUUUGACUCUACAUGAUAAGGGUGGGCUCCAAUAUUUGACUCUACAUGAUAGGUGUGGGCUCCAAUAUUUGACUCUACAUGAUAGUUGUGAGCUCCUAAUUAAAUUUUGAUAGCACUGAGGUUUUUAAUUGGAUGGAUUUACAUUUCUUUGCUGUUUUGUUUUACUAGUUCUUUGUAUGAAAUUAUUAGAAUUUUAAUAAAUUUGACAAGCUGUUUUGUAAAGGCUAGUGAUAAGGGAUGGAGCUAUAUAGGUCCCAGGUAUACAAAUUUAAAUAUAUUUGACUUGAUACUCUCUAUAAAUGACUCUAAGAACUGUGGUGUGGAGGGUAUUGAAGUGCUUUGUUUUGUUUUCAUGCCAGUUAAGUUAGUAGUGAGAACUACUUGUGUUAUUAGUGCUCUCUUCUAGCUUGGCAGUUUGUUAUGUUAUCUUCAAAAUAUUAUGUCCAUUUUAUCUUUUGGGUAGGAAUGAAAUGAAAAAGACAUUCAAAUUCUUGAAUUUAAAAAUGUGCUAAUCAAACAAUUCAAAUAAGAUACAUUUUAAAAUACAAUUAGAAGUUGCAUUUAUUUAUAUGUUUUUUAGACCUAUGGCAAUCACAUCUGUGUACAUCUCUUGAAUGGAGCAGUGAAUGAAUUUUGUAUAAUACACAUCUGGUAAAGAUUUUAGCUUUUUAUUAUUGUCUUUCAUUUGUGUAAUCAAAUUUUAGUCUGUGAUUGCCAUAAAUAUAAAAAAAAGAAAUAUCAAAAUGUAUGUUUUGUGAAGAAAGAGAAAAAAAAUAUUGCUUAACAUCAAAUUCAUUGAUGUUGGGCAUGCUAAGUGAUACAUAAUAAUAUAGUAAUAAUACACAAGUAAAAUUGUUAUAACCUCAGAGUUUUUUAAAUUAAAAGAAAUAUGAACACAUUCAGAUAUGUGCUGUACAACAAGUAAACAGAGCCCAUUGGGGAAACUUGAUCACAUUAACUGACAAUACUGACAUUGUGUGUUAGUUUCUUCUUAACUGUAGUGGAUUAUCUCAUCCCCUUAAGCUUUAAUCAUAGGAUUUAAAGUUUAUCAUUAAUUAAUGAUCAAGAGCAUAAUAUUGUAAUGAAGAUAAUGUGAUGGCUACCUUUCAGUGAAUGGGAGCAUAUUUGUCUACAUUUUUAUUCUAUAUCAGCCAUGGCCAGGUUUGUUAUGAUACAUGUAAUGAUGCCCAGCCUCUAGUGUAACACUAGAUGUGGAGUGGCAUCUAUAUUUAUCUCUGUGAGAAUGGACUACCAAGCCAGUUUGAGUAUGAAAUAAAGGGUGGUUUUAGCCAAAACUAUAUGACUUCUACUGAAGUUUGUCAUUUUAAAUUACUACAUUUUACCAGAAGUCUACACACAAACCAUGCAUGUUUUGUCACUUAAGUUUCAUCUGUAGUUCAAAGUACUAGACUUGUAAUUCUUUGGCAUUACUUACUUAUUCAGGAUUAGCUCAGUUAUUUAGCUGGUUUACACUUAUUUCAGUGGGAGUUGUGAAGAUAUGCAAAGAAAUUAAUGAAUUAAAUAACGUAGAGGGGUGAAAGUCAUGAUUGAACCACAGUAAAACCACAGCCUCCAUCUAGACCCUGACAGUGACAUCCAACUAGAUCCAUGAGUCUGACAGACCCUGACAUACAACUAGAUCCAUAAGUCUGACAUCCAUACAAAUGAGUCUGAUAUAUUGUUAUUGAAACAUGUAUCAGUAAAUAAUGUGUUGCUUUAUCCUAGAGAAAAUGUGAAACUUGGUUUCUUGUUAAU